AUGCCUCUUGGUUUAGAAAUGGAAUGGAAGUCGAGUAUGAAAGAAAGUGACUGGUUCCUGAAGAAGCCGUGCAGGAAGGCUGCGGACAGGUGUCUCGACUUCAACACCUGCGGAUUAACAGCAGCAACCGCGAAGGAAGCAGACUUGGAGGAACUGGACAUUUCCUGGAAUGAUUUUGUCAGCGGGACCCUCCACUUGUUCACUGAGCAAAUGCAUCUGGUCAGCAAGCUGAAAGUCCUCAGGCUGCGUGGCUGCGGAAUCACCACUGAGGAUGUUCAAACUCUGGGAGCCGCUCUUGAAAUGAUACCUGCACUUGAAGAAUUGAGUUUAUCCUGGAACAGCAACGUGGGAGGAAAGUUGCCUCAGGUUCUCCAUACAUUCCGAAAAGGGAGCAAGAUUCGAACACUUGAACUUGCGGACUGUGCCCUCACGUCACAGGAUGCGGAGUUUGUGGGUCACUUGCUACCUAAGCUGCAGAGACUCGAAGUAUUUGAUCUUUCCAUUAACAGAAACAUUGGCAGUAGUCUAGACAUCAUAGCACAAGGAUUAAAAAGUACCUCAGGCCUGAAGGUAUUGAAGUUGCAUUCCUGUGGAUUAUCCCCAAAGAGUGUCAGAAUAUUGGAUGGUGCCUUUGCAUCCUUGGAUGUGCUGAGGACACUGGAUCUCUCCGGCAACAAGGAGCUGGGCGGAGGCUUUGAAGAAGUGCCUGCUCAGCUGGCCUUACUGGAGCAUCUAGAAAUCCUAGAUCUUCACCAGUGCUCACUCACAGCCCAUGAUGUGGAAUCACUGACUCAGAUAAUCCCUUUGCUCUCAAACCUUCAAGAGCUGGAUUUGUCAUCCAACAGAAAGGUGGGCGGCUCUUCUGAAAACCUACUCAGCAGGCUCCGAUUUUUACCGGCACUGAAGUCAUUACUGAUCAAUGGUUGUGCUUUGGAAAGUGAGACUUUCACAGCCCUUGCCGAAGCUUCUGUCCACCUCCCUGCCCUGGAAACACUCAACCUUUCUUGGAACAAGUGUGUUGGUGGGAACCUGGAGCUCCUUCUUCAAACACUGAAGCUGUCAAGGUCGCUCCGAGUGCUGAGGCUGAGCAGCUGUGCCCUGGUGACAGAAGAUCUGGUUCUCUUGGCCUCAGCCAUGCGGACAGGCCACUUAGCCGAGCUGCAGAAGCUUGACCUGAGCUACAACAACAGCGUCUGUGACACCGGAUGGGCCAUCUUCUGCCAAAACCUCUGCUUCCUUAAAAAGCUAACUGAACUAGACAUCAGCCUUGGGCCAUCGAGUUCCCGGGGUUGUGGACAAUGGUUUAGGCACUUACUAUGUGCUGUGACCAAACUUCCUGUGGUCACUGAGAUAGGGAUGAGAAGAUGGGCUGUCCCAGCCUCACAGGAAGAAGAACUAGAAUGCUGCUUUACCCAUGACCAUGGAAGGGGCAUUCAGUUUGACCAUGGUGGGUUUCAGUGGGCUGCUCCGUAAGGAAUGAACACUUCUCCAAUGGAGCAAACAAAUGUGUAUGAAUUGUGGGGGACCAGCCCCCACAUUUAUUUACUCCAGGAACUCUUGAGGAAUGAGGGGUAAGAGACUUAGUUAGAAAUAGAGGGGGAGAAAAACAGAGAGAGAACACAGGAUAGCCUCAGGUGGACCUGAAUCCUUAUCCACCAGCGCAGAGCUUUAUUCCAAAGGUCUAUUUAUAACAAUGCCAAGGAGUGGAGCAAGAGACCUCCCCCUUGCUAGUUAGACCCUUACAAACACCUGGUACCCAGGCCCAUGGUCCAAUCAACCUCCCAUGCAGUCCUGCUGAGUACAGCCACUAGGAAAACUAGUGGGCUACAAUAGGUUCCUCUUCUUUCUAUUUUAAAAGAAAAAAGCUCUUGAUGCAACUGCAUCAAACUUAACAUAAUAAUUCUAACAUAAACAGAACUAUACAAAAUUAUAAUUACUAUUCUCAACCUUCCUACGAACCUACAAACCUACAUUCAAGAACAAUUUCUUAAUAGAACUAUACAAAACAUAACAUUAAUUCACUCACACACACACACAUACACACACACACACACAUACCUGCACAUGUACACACAUAUACACAAAUACACCUGUAUAAGCACACACCUGUACACAUAUACACCUGUAUAUGCACACACAUACACAUAUACACACACAAAAUAAUAAUAAUAAUAAUGUGUGUCUUUAGUAUAUCUUACAAAACAAAGAUGAUGUUUUAGAGCAGAAUUUUCAUUUGUUUGGGAUAAAUAAUUAAUCCAUCUACUAUGGAAUCCCACUAAAGAUGUUCAUAUUUUGGUAAUGCAUCUGAUUUAUUUAUCAUUCGGAGAUUUUCUGCCUUGUUUCCCUAUAUGUUACAUGUGUUCCACAAAGGUGUAUGUGUGUACACACAUGUCUAUGUAUACAAUUCUACUGUGAAAAACACUAACUGUAACGUUCUUAUAUUAUCUUUUUUGCAUGUGUAUGUAUGUGUGUGGUGUGUGUGCAUGUGUGUAUAAGUGUUCACAUGUGUGUUGGUGUAUGUAUGUGUGUGAGUGUGUCUGCAUAUGGAGGCCCAAAGAUGCUCUCAGAUGUCUUCUCUGCCUCUCCAUUUCAUUUACUGAGGCAAUGUCUCUCGCUGAACCCAGCCUGUCCAAUCAGCCAGUUUGCCAGGGAUUAGCCAGGGAUUCCUUGUCUCUGCUUCCAAGGCUGCUACAUGUGCCUGGAUUUUAUGUGGGCUCUGGGGGUCCACACUCUGGUUCCCAUGCUCGCACAGGAAGUGCUUUAUGCACUGAGCCUUCCCUCCAGUACUCCGUUGACUAUCAUUGUAAACUAAGAUUUGUCCUGUUAUAGUUUUUUGCUUAGAUAUAAACUGUCUGCAAUAACAAUGACACCAUAUGUAAGUUGUUUUUGUUUUUAUUUGUUUUAUGUAGCCAAUAAUUUAAAAGACUGUGUCAA